AUGAGCAAUUAUACGGAAGCAUCCCCCGAUCCGCGUAAGAAAUCGGCGGUACACAAUGCGCUCCCCCAAUCGAUAGCCAAUUGUCUGAUAAGCCGUUACAAUCUCAGUGUUGCCAGCGUCUUGAUCUCAGCUGUAGCAGAUGUUGCCAUCAGCUGCCGUGGCACGCGACCAUUGUUACCUUUGACCGGAGGGUAUUCACAACUUUCUUAUCACGUUAAGGAGGUCACUCGACGAUUAAUAACAGAGAACUUUAGAAUUAAUUCUGGCAACAAUGCAACAAAAAGGAAGCAGGAGGAAGCACUCGCAUAUAACUACAAAGUCAAAGUAAAACCACACUCGAUAGACUUCACACAGCAUCCAGCAACACCAAAUAAAUCCAUAGAUACACAGAAGACUUUCUGCCAAACACCAGAAAGGAAAGUUCUAGGUGAACUUCAAAACUCACGGAACUUCCAAUCACCGAGGCAUCAUUCUCCACUAAGUGGAAUAAAUAGGAUUCCAAAUUCUCCAAAUAUUUCUAACUCCCCUCGGAUAUCACAUAUUUCAAAUUCCCCUAAAAUCUCAUAUAUGUCCCACUCACCUACAAUCUCACAGAUUACCUCUCCUAGCAUUGCUCAUAUUUCUAAUUCUCCUACAAUAUCAAGGAUUUCAAACUCCCCCAGAAUUUCACAUGUUAUUAACUCGCCUGGACUAUCACGGCUUUCAAACUCGCCUAGUAUCACACGACUAAAGAACUCUCCAACGACACCUCUUACCGCAAGCAGAUUUUCUCCAAAACCUCUAUAUCUUAAAGACUCCCCUGCAAUGGAAAGAUUGAAGUCUCCCCUAGGUAGAGAAAGAAAGAGAAGUAAAAUAUCAAAGAUUUUAGAAGAAAGAAGUAGGUUCAGAGCAAAUAAAGAAAAUGAUAAUUUUCAUAUAGAAGAGGAAACGCAAGAUUGUAUGUUUGGAUAUGAGAAGAAAGAUUGGAGUAUGUCUAAGCUGAACUUUUCUGACAUCAAGAAAGAGAAAUACGACACUGACAUCUAUGUCCCAGAAAACUCUACUACUCUGGAACCCGAUUUGGAUGUUCUUCAUGAUUUGGAGGAGGAAUUUGAUGCUAACAACUUCGACCAAUGCACUAAGUACGAGAUAAUAUCAACAGAUAGUCCAGAUAUAAUAUCAGCUGGACGCACCAGUUCUAGGAAAGUAAAUCAAAAAGACUUUGUCUUCGGGGCACCUCUGUCUGACAACGAAACGUCAACCAGUUUUAACCGCCCAAGUAGUUCAAGAGCUUUAAACUUUGAAAGAAGAGUAGAAAGAACUAAGUCUAACAGAGCAUUGAAAUUUGACGAUGGACGAACCAAAUUUGGUAGAAAUUUAAAUUUCGAGGACUCAAAAUUGUCAAGUAGUGAACAAAGUUUUGAUUUCAAUUCAAAGACAGAAUUAAGUUUUGAGAUCAACAACCCGGGACCUUCAAGUAGUAAACAAACUAAAUUUGAAAAGAAAUUAAACUUUGACCAAAAUUUGUCCGGUAAUGAAGAAAGUUACGAUUUCAAUCAAAGAUUAGAGUUUGACAGCAAUUUGGGAUCUUCAAAAAGAAUUUUGAGUUUUGGACAAAGCCAUGUUGAUAAGAAACAAAUUAUAGAGGAAAGUUUCGAUUUUAACAAACGCAAAAGUUUUGAAGAUAGCUUCGAGUUUGCUUCUCCCAUGACAAAUUUCGAGGACAGCACUCCAAAGAAAAAUUUCUCAGUAAAAAAAUCCCUCAAAUUCACCGAUAGUCCUAACUUUGAGAGGCAGAGCAGCAUCGGCUCUAUGUCGCAGUCCCCUGCCAGUACACGUUCUCCAUGUACUAUAUCAAAGAAAUUCACUUCGGAAUCUAUGGAAAGCGGGUUCAUAUCUGAGCUUGAAGAACCCUUCUUGGAGAUGGAAGAAAUGUCGAGUUCCCCCAAGAUAUUGGAUUUCAGGAAGUUGCUGUCUGGGGAUAUCAAGGAUAACUUUAGUAUUGGAAUGAAACCAGUAAGAAGUUUAAGUAAGCGUGGGAUUGAUGACUCGUGUGGUACUAACAAGAGAAGAAAGUCUGAGACGAGUCCUGAAAUUGUGAGACCCGUGCUCCAGAGGGCGUUCUCGGAAAACAACGCGUCCAUUAUGUCCGCUCUGGCUAGAUCUGUCUCAGACUCCGAAUUGAUAGGUGAUUUCUCCCUGCCUUUCGCUCUACCUUUGACUGCCGGAGACCAUUCGGACCUCAAGUCUAUCUCCUGUGACACCUUGGCCAAGUUGAUCAAGGGUGACUACUCCGAGAGCAUAAACGAUUUUCAGGUGAUAGACUGUCGCUACCCAUACGAAUACGAUGGAGGUCACAUAUUGGGUGCAGUCAAUCUCUUCACGUCAAACCAGAUCCUGGAACUAAUUAAGAAUCCCCCGCAAAGGCUCGACAACAAACGAAGCAUCUUGGUUUUCCACUGCGAGUUCUCACUCGAGAGGGGGCCAAAGUUAUCGCGGUUCCUCCGGUCCUCGGACAGGGCGAAGAAUCAAGAGAACUACCCUUCCUUGAACUACCCGGAGAUAUACCUCCUGCACGCCGGGUACAGGUCCUUCUACAAGAGCUACCCGGAGCUGUGCUCGCCCGCGGGCUACACCGCCAUGUUGGAUCCGCAGCACAAGCAUUUGUUGCGCAAACACAGAUCGUUACAACCGGCCGGAAGGAGGAACCGACUGCUGAUGUAG